AUGAUUGAUUCCGUCACCCACAUUGUGGCCGAAAACAACUCUGAUUCAGAUGUCCUAGAGUGGCUUCAGGCACAGAACAUAAAAGCCAGUGCACAGCUAGAGCUCCUCGAUGUCUGCUGGCUGAUAGAAUGUAUGGGAGCAGGAAAACCAGUGGAGGUGACAGGAAAACACCAGCUUGUUGUAAGAAAAGACAAUUCAGCUAAUGCCAACACAGAGCCCCAGAAGACUCCACUACUUGCUGUAAAAAAGAUCUCUCCAUAUGCGUGUCAGAGAAGAACCACUUUAAACAACUGUAACCAGAUCUUCACGGAUGCCCUUGAGGUACUGGCUGAAAAUUAUGAGUUUAGAGAAAAUGAAGGCUCUUAUCUGGCAUUUAUGAGAGCAGCUUCUGUACUUAAAUCUUUGCCAUUUACGAUCAUCAGUAUGAAGGACACAGAAGACAUUCCCUGCUUGGAAGACAAAGUGAAGUAUAUAAUAGAGGAAAUUAUUGAAGAUGGAGAAUGUUCUGAGGUUAAAGCUGUGUUAAAUGAUGAACGAUAUCAGUCUUUCAAACUCUUUACUUCUGUGUUUGGAGUGGGAUUGAAGACAGCUGAGAAAUGGUUCAGAAUGGGUUUCAGAACUCUGAGCAAAAUAAGGUCGGACAAAACCCUGAAGUUCACACAAAUGCAGAAAGCAGGCUUCCUCUAUUAUGAAGACCUUGUCAGCCAUGUGACCAGAGAAGAAGCAGAGGCAGUCAGCGUGCUGGUUAAAGAGGCUGUCUGGGCAUUUCUGCCUGAUGCCUUCGUCACCAUGACAGGAGGAUUCCGCAGGGGUAAGAAAACUGGGCAUGAUGUAGAUUUUUUAAUUACCAGCCCAGGAAUAACAGAAGAAGAAGAUCAACCAAUUUUGCUUAAAGUGAUAAAUUUAUGGGAAAGGAAGGGAUUGCUUUUGUACUAUGACCUUGUGGAGUCAACAUUUGAAAAACUCAAGUUGCCUAGCAGGAAGGUGGAUGCUUUAGACCAUUUUCAAAAAUGUUUUCUGAUUUUUAAACUGCACCAUCAGAGAGUGGACAGUGGCAAGGCCAGCCAGCAGGAAGGGAAGACCUGGAAGGCCAUCCGUGUGGACCUGGUCAUGUGCCCCUAUGAGCGCCGGGCCUUUGCCCUGCUGGGCUGGACCGGCUCCCGGCAGUUUGAGAGAGACCUCCGGUGUUACGCCACACAUGAGCGGAAGAUGGCGCUGGAUAACCAUGCUUUAUAUGACAAGACCAAGAGGAUGUUUCUCAAAGCAGAAAGUGAAGAAGAAAUUUUUGCACAUCUGGGAUUGGAUUACAUUGAACCAUGGGAAAGAAAUGCUUAGGAAAAUAGUUGUCAACUUAUUUUCUGUUUUUUUUUUCAAGUUAAAUAAAUUCUGCUUCAUGUUA